AUGCAGGGCCGUGUGGCAGCGCGCCGGGCCCCUCUGGGGCUGCUCCUGGUCUGUCUACACUUCCCAGGCCUCCUUGCCCGGAGCCUCGGAGCCUCGGAGGAGAAGGGGUCCCCGCACUUGGGUGCCCACCUGCCUGUGCCGGGACAGCCGCCCUUCCCCGGCCCCGCCGACACCGGGCGUCCUCAGCCCAACAUGGACCCGGGCUCUCAUGGCUUCGUGGGGGCUCCUUCCAAGUUCCGUGUCCCUCUGGGGGGCCCGCCGGCUGCAGGACACUCAGGGUGGCAGAUGUGGCCUCCAUCCUGGGGGCUGCCCCCCACAGAGUCCUGGCCCCCCGAGGCCCCUUGGCCGAUGGCGGCCGGGGCAGCUGGGGAGCACGAGGACCUGGCCUACCUUUCUGGCGCCGGUGCCCUCCCUCUGGACAGUGGGCCUUGGCCGGCGGCACCACCCUCACCAGAAGCUUCGCCCGUCCCGCAGGACUCGGAAGCGAGACAGCUGACCCUGGCCAGCCUGCUGGGGGCCCACGGAGAGCUCCUCGCCCAGCGCCCCUUCUGGUCUCUCAUCCACCGGCUGCUGCCUGGUCUCCCCUGGGGGGCCCUGAGUCCCAGUGUGCCUUGGGGAGGUGGAGUUCUGGGGACCGGAUGGGGCACCAGGCCCAUGCCCUACCCUUGGGGUAGUAAUAAUCGAUUCCCAGGAGGCAGCUGGGGGAGCAUUAACCGGUACCCAGGGGGCAGCUGGGGGAGUAUUAACCGGUACCCAGGGGGCAGCUGGGGGAGUAUUAACCGGUAUCCUGGAAACAGCGGGGGGAGUGUUAACCGGUAUCCAGGGGGCAGCUGGGGGAAUAACAGUCGCUAUCCUGGUGCUAACUGGGGGAAUAUUCCUCCCAAGGUCGUCCGUCCCCCUGGCCCUUCUUGGUACAGCCCAGCUGGCUUCCCUGCUCCUCAGAAUCCUGGCUUGCAGUGGGAUUGGAGCUGA